AUGGCAAAAGCUUUGCGGGCGUUCCUCCUCGUGAGAAUGCCAAGGUUCUUCCUUGUCCUUCUCCAAACAGGUAAGAUGGGAAGUUUUGGGUGCGUUCGGGUUACGAUCUCUCUGCCACCCUGAGGACACUUGUCGUUGUCGUCAUCUUUGGCGAUCCCUCUUAGCCGAGUAAGAUUGUCUUCCAUGAAAACGGUCUUAACAGUGAGUCCGUGAGGGACUGUGGAGGCCAAUUCUGGAUCCACAGGGCCUUCCACAGUGGGGACAGAGGUUUCUGGGCAGGAGUUGAUCCCGGUGAGGGUUUGCCAAGCGUGCCUUCCUCUUAGCACGUUUCUCCCUCACGUCCUGAGUUCGAGUGUCUUCAAAGCCCAGGACACCUUUGGGAAAGGCUGUCCUCCAGCUGGAGCGCUCGCAGGCCAGUGUUUCCCAGUUGUCAGUGUUUAUACUACAUUUUUAAAGAUUUCCCUUGAGAGAGUCUUUGAACCUCUUUUGCUGACCACCAGCAUUACGCUUUCCAUUUUGAAGUUCGGAAUAGAGCAGUUGUUUUGGAAGACGAUAAUCGAGCGUCCGACACAUGGACAGUCCAACGAAGUUGAUGUUUCAGAGUCCUCGCUUUGACACGGGUGAUCUUUGCUUCUUCCAAUACACGCAUUCCUCCGCCUGUCUUCCCAAGUGAUGUGUAAAAAUUUUCAGAGACACUGUAAUAGGCUAGGGGCAUGAAUGCUUUUAUCGGUAAAUAAACGCAAACAGGUUAUAGGUGGUCCCAAUGGUCUCCUCCAACUCUACAGUUCUAGAUAUUACACAGUAUACCGUAUUUUUCGCUCUAUAACACGCACCCGGCCAUAACACGCACAUAGUUUUUAGAGGAGGAAAAUCCGUAGGCAUGCCACCCGUAGGCAUUCCCUCCAUAACACACACAGACAUUUCCCCUUACUUUUUAGGAGGAAAAAAGUGAGUGUUAUGGUGCAAAAAAUACGGUAUUUUCCCCAAGGUUCCUCUGGCUUCCAUCUCCCACCUUUCUUCCUCAUGUAAAACCACAUCAGUUCGCAUCUAUCUGCCGCCUUUCGUCAUACGGCUGUUUCAGUUUAAUCUGAAGCAACACUUUGGUUUUUCCUUCUCUGCUGCGUGUGAGGGGUAAUAAUAAUAAUAUAAUAAUAAAUUUUUAUUUCUACCCACCCUUCCGGGUUCAAAAACCGGGCUCAGGGCGGCUAACAACAAAUUUAAAACAAUUGUAAAAGCAGCAUAAAAUAUAGUAUAAAAACAUGAAUAACAAUAAAAUUCAAAGUUCAGAAAUCAGUUUAGGGGAAAUCCAUCUAAUAAACUUUAGAUAAUCACCAGGGCUAGCUGGCUGAAUUUGUCCUACUUGCGCCAGCGAGGAGACCAGGGGAGAAUUAGCUGUGGGGUCUCAGAGCGGGUGAUCUUCAUAAAAAGGGAAGGGGGAGGGAAGAGAAGGGAAAUAGAAGAUCAGGCUGAAUUCAAAUUAAAAGCCAGGCAGAAUAGCUCUGUCUUACAGGCCCUGACGGAAGGAGGUUCAAUCCCACAGUGCCCUGGUCUCAUGGGACAGAGCAGUCCACCAGGUCGGAGCCAUCACUGAAAAGGCCCUGGCCCUGGUGGAGGAUUGUCUGACUUUCUUAGGGCCCGGGACCUCUAAACUAUGGUUAUUCAUGGACCUUAAGGUCCUCUGCGGGGCAGACCAGGAGAGGCGGUCCCAUAAAUAGGGUAGGGGAUGGCUUCAAAAGGAGACCCAACAAAUUCACGGAGAUUACUCUGGCUAUGUAUUGAUGUAUAUACAUUGAUAGGGAGCCUUCAUAGAAUCUACAUAAGACUUUGAAGGGACCACGGAAAUCAUCUAGUCCAACCCUCAGCAAUGCAUGGGGCUCGGACCUACGACCUAUUGACCUGCACCUCCAUGGACAACUAUGGGUUCAAAAUGACCCCCAGGCUGCACACCUGGUCCUUCAGGCGCACAGUGACCCCAUUCAGGACCAGGGAGUCCCCCACACCUGCCCGCCUCCUGUCCCCCCAAAACAGCCCUUCUGUCUUGUCAGGAUUCAACCUCAAUCUGUUAGCCACCAUCCAUCCUCCAACUGCCUCCAGGCACUCACACAGGACCUUCACCGCCUUCACUGGUUCCAAUUUUAGAGUUGUAGGGAUACAGGGCCGAGGCCGUUUAGGGCUUUCAAGGUCAGCACCAACACUUUGUUUUUUUGUUUUUUUGUUUUUUUAAAUUGAUAUUUAUUAAAUUUUCAAAGGAUAACAACAAAAUUUCCAAAAAAAGUUGAAAAUACAGAAAUAACAAAAGUAAUACAAAAAUAUUAAAGAAAAGAAAAGAAAACCCAGCCGCAAAAAGAAAAAAAGAAAAACAGAAAAAUAGAAAAAUGUAGUUCUUUACCAUCUCCAUUAACUUCCUUUCUAGACUUCCUCCUCCUCCCCUCUCUUGUUUCUUAGUUUUUAAUUUUCACAGCAAAUCCUUUCUGUCUUUUUUUUUCUCCACAACAAUCUAUCAUUACAUUUCCUUAUUCUAUUUUCCCUCUUGUCAUAUAAAAACUUUAAUUCAAUAUUCAAUAUGUAGCAAAUUCUUACAUCAUUACCUUUAUACACAUCAUUUACCAAUCCUUACUUAAGCCAUGUAAUUUCAUUCAACACCCUUCAGACAUUUAUAAACAUUCCCAAUAUUAAGAAGUAAAAAGAAAAAAUAGUAAGUCAAAUUCAGCCCAGUCAACUUCCAGCCUCCCUCCCCAGGACCCAAGAUUGUCAGUCCUUUUAACCUCAAUAAUCCAACUCGUUAACCUGGUUGUCUCGUAUCCGAGGCUCUCAAGUCUCUUUCUUGCCCCUUUCGCCGCUCUUGUUGAUGUUUCCCUUUCAAUCGUGGAGACUCCAGCAGAGAAAUGCUUUUAACUCUUUGCAGCAAGUCCAUUCCAGACCCAUUACCCAGGCCAGAGAGCAGAUAAUGCCAGUUCCAUUUUCCACAGAGCUUGGAGACUUCAACUACUCCAAUCUUCUGAUGGCCCAUCAGAUUUGCCCCAAGUUCAUUUAUCAAGUUCAAAGGCUGAUCUUGCCCAUCCAAUGGUCCCUCCAUCUCUGAAGCCUCCAUCACUACAGCAGGUUCAUAUACUUGUAUAGACUUUAACUGAAUUUCAUUUGUUUGCUGCUGUGCUCUGGUGACUUCCAUCAUCAAGGUCGACUCCUGACGCAUCUGGUCCAGCUGGGCACUUAAUUUUGCAAAACCUUCCAGGAACACUUGUUGAAGCCUUUGUACUAGCAUUGUCCUUCAAGGUCGAAAAGAAUUCUUUCCCACGAGAAUAGCUCUUCUUUUUUAAGCUCUCUGCAUUGCAAUUUCACUCAGUUCCACUAGAUGGAACAAAUUUUACUUUUGCAACAAUCUUACUUUUUCCAAAAACACUUUGUCCAAAAUUCCCUAAGAGGCAACAGUAAAGUCAAAAUGUUACCCUUCUUUUAACUAUCUGUCGAGCUGGAUACACUUCAAGACGUCAAUUCUGACAGCCCGCUCCUGGUUCAGGGCGGUGGAAAAUUACUUUAUUUUAAACUCACUUCCACAGGGUUAAAAAAAAACCAAAACCACCCCCUUCUUCUCCUGCAGUCAAAGGGGGGUUCAGAAAUCUUAGGUGUUGAAUUUUAGUUCUCUCAGAAUUUAAUUUUCAAGCUUUAGUAUAAUUUAUCUUUGCUUUCUUCGCUUAACAAAAGAACGGAAGGUUGACUUCCUGUUUAGAUCUUUCCGUUCCGAGUCCCAAUUAAGUUCAAUUUCAAGUCCAGAUCCAAUACUAUUUAAUUGUUCUCCAAUCUUAAAGGUAGUUCAGCUCUUCCAAGAUCAGGUACUCACGGAUAGAUGUUUUAAAUGCCAGAUUGUCCAAGAAGAAGGCAGCGCUCUCCGAAACGGCAGUGCGGCUUUGCUGCACGGAGGAAGCAGUCGACUCACAGCACCACGCACCUCCCGCUCCGGAGCCCGUUGCCGGGCUCCUGUACAAGGGAGAGAGCGCUCUCGGUGCCCGCCGAGUCCCACGGCCACAGGCUUCUUCCGCCUGUGGUUUUGAGGGCCCCGCUGCGCCGUAGCGGCAGGACCCAAGCCUCCGUGCAGCGGGUUCCCUUCAGUUCGAAGGGAAUUCCGCCAUUUUUCGGAGGCGCCACCCCGGAAGUCCAGCACCAACACUUUGAAUUGUGCUCGGAAACAUACUGGGAGCCAAUAUAGGUCUUUCAGGACCGGUGUUAUGUGGUCCCGGCAGCCGCUCCCAGUCCCCAGUCCAGCUGCCGCAUUCUGGAUUAGUUGUAGUUUCUGGGUCACCUUCAAAGGCAGCCCCAUGGAGAGCGCAUGGCAGUAGUCCAAGCGGGAGAUAACCAGAGCAUGCACCACUCUGGGGAGACAGUCUACAGGCAGGGAGGGUCUCAUCCUGUGUACCAGAUGGAGCUGGUAGAUAGCUGCCCUGGACACAGAAUUGACCUGCGCCUCGAUGGACAGCUGUGAGUCCAAAAUGACCCCCAGGCUGCACACCUGGUCCUUCAGGGGCACAGUGACCCCAUUCAGGACCAGGGAGUCCCCCACACCUGCCCGCCCCCUGUCCCCCAGAAACAGCACUUCUGUCUUGUCGGGAUUCGACCUCAAUCCAUUAGCCGCUCUCCAUCCUCCAACACAAGGAAGUCUUUCUCUUUUCAUAUCUGUCGGAGUGGAAAACCACUGCGCACAACAACACGCUGUGGAGAACCAUAGAAGAACAGCCUUGCUGUCAUUUUGAAAGCAUACCUAUCCAUUAUUCUGCAAAUAAAAUAAUAUCCUUUGGGGCCUAAACUAUUCCGUACUCCGCUGAAACUGCAUACAGUCGUACCUUUGAUCCCGAAUGCCUUGGUAGUCGGACUUUUCGGCUCCCGCACACUGCAAACCCAGAAGUGAGUGUUCCGGUUUGCAAACGUUCUUCGGAACCAAACAUCCGGUUCCGUGGCUUCCGAUUGGCUGCGGAAGCUUCCUGCAGCCAAUCGGAAGCCGCGCUUUGGUUUCCGAACGUUUUGGAAGUCAAACGGACUUCCGGAACGGAUUCCGUUCGACUUCCGAGCCCUGACUGUAAAUGUUCCUUUUGUUGUCUCCCGACGCAACUUUGGAGAACUGCUUUUAAAUAGUUCUGCCGCAACCUGCCGGACGUUUUCUGACCCAAUUCAUCCAACGGCCUUUUCUCGCACAGGUCUCUGGUUCUUCGCCCCUAGCGCUUGGGGGGGCAGGGUUAUCGGGGGCAAGGAAGUUGUGCCCCAUUCCCAGCCCUUCAUGGCCUCCAUCCAGGUGAAUGGGGCGCACGUCUGCGGUGGGUUCUUGGUGCGGCGAAAGUGGGUCAUGACGGCGGCUCACUGCCUGAUGCCCAGGUAAGUUGGAACCAGGGUGGAUAAAAAUCAAUGAUCCUGUUUUUUUAAAAUCGAAACAAAUCUGAUUUUCUUACAAAUCAGAUUUUCUUAUUUAAGUCAGAUUUUCUGGAUUUAAAUCGGAUUUUUAAAAUAAAAUGCCGGGGGGGGGAUCUUUCUAAAGAUAAUUUUCUAUUUAAGUUACAUUAGAGUCCAAAGGCUAAAGUAAAGGGGACCCCUGACCAUUAGGUCCAGUUGUGACCGACUCUGGGGUUGCGGCGCUCAUCUCGCUUUACUGGCCAAGGGAGCUGGCGUACAGCUUCCGGGUCAUGUGGCCAGCAGGACUAAGCCGCUUCUGGCGAACCAGAGCACCGCACGGAAACACCGCUUACCUUCCCGCCGGAGCGGUACCUAUUUAUCUACUUGCACUUUGACGUGUUUUUGAACUGCUAGGUUGGCAGGAGCAGGGAUCGAGCAACGGGAGCUCAUCCCGUCGCAGGGAUUCGAACCGUUGACCUUCUGAUCGGCAAGUCCUAGGCUCUGUGGUUUAACCCACAGCGCCACCCACGUCCCUUCCCAGUCCAAAGGCUACUCAUCAGGAAAUAAGGAUUUGUUUUAUGUUUUUCAUGUGUGAUUCAAAUCCACCACUCAGCCACAAUCCUCGCUGGGGGACGUUGAGGGGGCCAUUCACUGCUUUUCUAAGAUUAAAAACUCAGCAAUAAAUCAAGGACAGAUUCGAUUGUACGUCCACAUCCUACAUGUCUGGCUGGACUCGUCUAAACAGGAACGUUUUUCACAGGGAGUGAAAGAACGACAGCAGAGAAUCCUGCCUGUGUCAAGUGGCAGGGAGUUCCAGAGUUUAAAUGCUGCCAGAUUAAAAGAGCAAUUUCUUACGAAUGUUCAGUGGGUUUUCUGCAGAACCUGGGCCAGUAAGACAGACAGCUGCCUGUCUGGGCUGUUUCCGCUGUCUGGAUUUUCCUGCCUUCCCUUCCUAUAUCUGCUGGUUGUUGUAUUUUUAAUUAAAUUUUAUUUAAUAUAAUUAUUACAAAAUACAAGCAAAAUACUGCAAAUACAUGUAUACAUAUAUAUUUCAGAUAAGCACACACGUAUAAAAAAGAACAAAAAAGAAAAAAGGAAGAGAAGAAAAAAUAAGAAGAAAAGUUGGAUGAAUUUCUUCCAAAUUGAUUCUACAAAUAUCUCAAUAACAAAAUUUCAUUGAUUGACUUCCAUCGCUUGCACUGCACUUCCUAUAUACAUUUUAAGCAAAAUUGUAUCUGUUAUUCCGUAUUUCCCACACACACUCUCAUACAAAUAUUCUAAUCAAUAAGUUUCCUAAAUCUAUUCUAAACACAACCAAUACCUUACGCUUCAUCUUUGUCUACAUAAAUAAUCAUUUAAACGUUUCCAUUGUUUCUGGGCAUAGCUGUCAACUGUCCCUUAUUUGGUGGGAAAGUCCCUUAUCCCAGCGCCGUGUCCUGCUGCUGUCCCGGAUUGAUGAUGUCCCUUCAAUUUCCCGGGUUUCAAAGGAAGCAGCUCCUCUCCCUCCCUCCCUGCCGGCCAACUGUGUUGCUUGGCUGCGUUGCUCACCCAAUAAGGAGUCUAAGAACGACUGGGGGUGGAGCUUGCAUGCCUUGUGCCAAUCAAAUCAGCCGCGUUGCCUGGGGACUCGCCUUUGCUCAGCGCUUCCCAGCAGAGAGGUGACGGUGGUUUUUCUUGCUGCAUCCCUUUGCCGGGUUGCUGCGCUGUGGGAACCACCGCUUGAGGCUUCGUUUGGCUGCUGGCUGGGCUUUUUGCCUUUGGCUCGGAGGGGCUCAGAAGUUGAACAUACCUGUGUUCUGAAAAUCCCUUAUUUUGGCUGCUGAUCCCUUAUUUUCGAGACUGCUGGUCCCUUAUUUUCAAAUCUGUAAGUUGACAGCUAUGUUUCUGGGUUAUACUUUUGGGGUUUUGUCUGAUCAAGCUAGUCAGUAUCUAGCUGCUUUGUAACCGCGCUUUCCAAACUGAAACUCCAGGCGAUCACCGUCCGUCCGCAUCGUGCUCGGCGCCCACUCCCUCGCGGCCCCCGAGGCCUCGCAGCAGAUUUUCGGGGUGCAAGAAUCCAUCGCUCACCCACUUUACAACUCUGGAACUGUGACGAACGACAUCCGCUUACUCAAAGUGAGUGGGGCGAGGGAAGUUCUGGCUAAAUUCGUUCUGCUCUAUAAAGUACCGUACUAGGCGGGGGGGUACCUUUUCAACCCUGGGGGCCACAAUCCCUCGUGAGCAAUUUUUCGGGGGCCGGAUGACAGCGGGGGGCAGGGCCACAGGCAAAAUUGGGGAGGGUCAAGGGUUGCAAAAUCAACCUUUGCUCAGCAGGCUAGCUGGAAGAAUGGAUUCAGACCCUGGGGAAAAAAACAUUGUCCAGUUACAGUGGUACCUCGGGCGAAGAACUUAAUUCGUUCCGGAGGUCCGUUCUUAACCUGAAACUGUUCUUAACCUGAAGCAUCACUUUAGCUAAUGGGGCCUCCUGCUGCCGCAGUGCCGCCGGAGCACGAUUUCUGUUCUCAUCCUGAAGCAAAGUUCUUAACCCGAGGUACUAUUUCUGGGUUAGCGGAGUCUGUAACCUGAAGCUUAUGUAAUCCGAGGUACCACUGUAUUAUACACUUCGACAUGACAUCAAAGCGAGUGAGAGCUUCAGUAAAGUAGGGCUAUCCUUUGCAGCUUAAACUUUGAAAAUCAGACAAGGUUGAUUUGACCAGUAGACAUCUGAUGGGAGGGCGUCUCCACAGCGCAUGGUGCCAGCCACUGACACAGAGGUCCAGCUGCCAAGGGCCGUCCUGGCAGCCUCCCUCCUGCGAAGUGAGGUUACAGGGAAGCAGGCAGAAGGCCUUCUCAGUGGUGGCACCUGCCCUGUGGAGAUGCCUCCUGUCAGGGAUGUCUAGACAAAUAAACAACCUGUCUGACUUUCAGAAGACAUCUGAAGGCAGCCCUGUUUAAGGAUAGUACUCAAUGUCUGACCUCAUGUCUUUGAGCACUGAAGGAUACUACAGUUGCAGACGCUUCAGGUUAGACGCUUCAGGUUACAAACUCUUCUAACCCAGAAAUAGUACCUCGGGUAAAGAACUUUGCUUCAGGAUGGGAACAGAAAUCGUGCUCCGGUGGCACGGCGGCAGCAGGAGGCUCCGUUAGCUAAAGUAGUGCUUCAGGUUAAGAACGGUUUCAGGUUAAGAACGGGCCUCCAGAACAAAUUAAGUUCUUAACCCGAGGUACCACUGUAUUGUGUCGGGAGCUGCCCAGAAUGGCUGGGAAAACCCAGCCAGAUGGGCGGGGUAUAAAUAGUGAAGAAUUAUUAUUAUUAUUAUUAUUAUUAUUAUUAUUAUUAGCGGGAAAGGCUAUAUUGCUCAGUUAUUAUCCUUCCUUGCUCAACGAGAGUGAGGUCAGUAGAAUAUCCUUUGCAGCUGAAACUUGGAAACUUAAGAAAAGGUUGAUUUAGCCUUCUAGAAAAGAUAAUCCAGGAUACUUUAAGGCAAACUGGGCUUCCCCCUGAAUUUUGCCCCCUUUCUCCCCUUUAAAAGCAGCAAUCACACACGCAUGCACACUCAACAACCAGUAGUUUAGGAAACGGGCAGACCAGGCACGUAUCAGUUGAUCGGUUUUAUCCAAAGAGCUGCCCUGUGGAAGAUGGAGCAAGCGAUGCUUUAACUGAGAUCCCUCCAUUGCAGGGGGUUGGACUAGAUGUCUCUGUGGGAUCCCCUUACCAUUCUACAAUAUAAUAAUAAUAAUUUAUUAUUUAUACACCGCCCAUCUGGCUGAGUUUCCCCAGCCACUCUGGGCGGCUCCCAAUCAAGUAUUAAAAACAAUACAGCGUUAAAUAUUAAAAACUUCCCUGAACAGGGCUGCCUUCAGAUGUCUUUUAAAGAUAGGAUAGCUACUUAUUUCCUUCACAUCUGAAGGGAGGGUGUUCCACAGGGCGGGCGCCACCACCAACAAGGCCCUCUGUCUGGUUCCCCAUAACUUGGCUUCUCGCAGUGAGGGAACCACCAGAAGGCCCUCGGGAGAUGGACCUCAGUGUCCAGGCUGAAUGAUGGGGGUGGAGACGCUCCUUCAGGUAUACUGGGCCAUUUAGGGCUUUAAAGGUCAGCACCAACACUUUGAAUUGUGCUUGGAAACGUACUGGGAGCUAAUGCAGAUCUCUCAGAACCGGUGUUAUGUGGUCCCGGCGGCCGCUCCCAGUCCCCAGUCUAGCUGCCGCAUUCUGGAUUAAAUGCAGUUUCCGGGUCACCUUCAAAGGCAGCCCCACGUAGAGCGCAUGGCAGUAGUCCAAGCGAGAGAUAACCAGAGCAUGCACCACAAGGCUGUGACAUGUUCACUGGUGCGCCCUGUCUCAAAAAACUGACCAGUAGGUGGCAGUAUGAUCUUCUGACAAACGACCACAUGUGAACUCUGGAGAUGAUCCAAAAGGGGAGCAAGGUUUGGAACUGUCAAGAAAUGCAAUAGGAAUCACUGCCUUAAAUAUAAAGUUGAGGUUCUAGACCUCAUGAAUAAAGGGCCGAUUUAAAUAGCAGGCUGCCUCAAGCAGCAAAACGUCUUGGGCCAGCUUUGCUUUGUAUAAAUUUAAGGCUCCCCCAGGGACGCGAGUGGAGCUGUGGGUUAAACCACAGAGCCUAGGACUUGCCGAUCAGAAGGUCGGCGGUUCGAAUCCCCGCAAUGACGGGGUGAGCUCCCGUUGCUCGGUCCCUGCUCCUGCCGACCUAGCAGUUCGAAAGCACGUCAAAGUGCAAGUAGAUAAAUAGGUACCGCUCCGGCGGGAAGGUAAACGCGUUUCCGUGCGCUGCUCUGGUUCGCCAGAAGCGGCUUAGUCCUUCUGGCCACAUGACCCGGAAGCUGUACGCCGGCUCCCUCGGCCAAUAAAGCGAGAUGAGCGCCACAACCCCAGAGUCGGCCACGUCUGGACCUAAUGGUCAGGGGUCCCUUUACCUUUACGUGUUGUUACAAAAGCCGGGUGCCUGCUGGACUCUCUGCCAAACGGCGGCAAGAGCCCACAGAGUCUGUGUCCCUUUGGAGAAUGGAAGACACAGCAGAGACAGUAGUGCUUUAAGAAAAAUGGUUUCUUCUUCUUUGGCGAUCCCUCGUAGCUGAGUAAGAUUGUCUUCCAAAACACGGUUUUAAUAAUGAGUCCGUAAGUGACUGUGGAGGCCAAUUCUGGAUCCCCACGUCCUUCCACAGUGGGGACAUAGGUUUCCAGGCGAGAGUUGAUCCCAGUGAGGGUUUGCCAAGCUUGCCUUCCUCUUAGCACGUUUUGUCCUCUUGUCCUGAGUUCGAGUGUCUUCAAAGCCCAUGACACCUUUGGGAAAGGCUGUUCUCCAACUGGAGCGCUCGCAGGCCAGUGUUUCCCAGUUGUCAGUGUUUAUACUAAAAAAUUUUUAGAUUUGCAUUGAGAGAGUCUUUAAAACUCUCUUGUCGACCACCAACAUUACGCUUUCCAUUUUUAAGUUUGGAAUAGAGUAGUUGCUUUGGAAGACAAUAACGCAUGUCCUUAAUCUCUUAUAUUCUUAACACCCAAUUUUGCAACCUUAUUCAUCUUAUAACAAGUGACAUUUUGAAGUCCAGCUAAUGAAGAAACCUAUGCACAAAGCUUACAAAAUAUGCAUUAAACAUUUCCACUCCUUUUAAAAAAUAAAAUUAAAAAAUGUCCUUUCUUUCUUGGGUUUCAAAUGAUAUAAUAUGCCCUGCAUAGUUGGUUAAUUUAUUUUGCCAGUCUUCUUUGGCGGUGGCUUCUUUCUGCUACAGAGAUGGUUUAGUCUUAUCCUAGCAUCCACUCUCGGCUGCAGGGACAAAGCCUUUCACUCAAUAGCUUCUCUAAAUAACUUCUUCCAGCCUCCUAACCUGGCAGAUCUCCCUUAACCUGCCUCUCACACAGGGUCUUUCGUUUCCCGUCCAUCAGCCUUCCUGUGCGUACCUUCUUUAACCCAGAAUAAAAAGGUAAAGGUACCCCUGACAGUUGUGGACGACUCUGGGGUUGUGGCGCUCAUCUCGCUUUAUUGGCCGAGGGAGUUUGUCCGCAGACAGUUUUUCCGAGUGAUGUGGCCAGCAUGACUAAGCCGCUUCUGGCAAACCUGAGCAGCAAACGGAAACGCCGUUUACCUUCCCGCCGGAGAGGUACCUAUUUAUCUACGUGCACUUGGACGUGCUUUCGAACUGUUAGGUUGGCAGGAGCUGGGACCGAGCAACGGGAGCUCACCCCGUCCUUGCGGGGAUUCGAAUCGCCAACCUUCCGAUCGGCAAGUCCUAGGCUCUGUGGUUUAGGCCACAGCGCCACCCACGAAUAGAGGACCUCGAAACAAUUUUGAGUCACAGUUGUCCUUGCUUAAAUACCCUGUUCUGCCGCUAGAGGGAGACAAAGCUUAAUGCCAGCACUAAACAUCCCCCCCCCCCCGAUUCACCUUGCAGCUGAACGGCUCGGCCGUCUUCAAUCACGCUGUUCAACGUGUCAGGAUCCCGCGAGCCAACACCGACCCCUGCCCGGGAGUCAUGUGUCACGUGACGGGCUGGGGGGACACCUCCAAUUUUGGGACGAUCCCCACCAUACUGAUGGAGGCCAACACAACCAUUGUCGACCGGAAAGCAUGCAACGUAUCGUGGGCUGGCCAAAUCCGCCGCUGCAUGAUCUGCGCCGCCAACACUGACCCCAGUCUCCGGGGUUUCUGCUCGGUGAGUGUUAUUUUUUUGGGGGGUGCCCAAAUCAGAAUUUUCUGAACCAGAAACCCUGGCGCCUUCUUGAAUUCCGAAUGCCAGGCUUUUAUUUAUUUCGUUUCUGCAAAAGAUUUCUUUAUAUAAUCUAUAUAUAAAACAGAGAGAGAGAGAGCGUCUGCUAACGACAGCUCAAAAUAAAAAUAUGAAAAGAGAAACCAUAUACAGUGGUCCCUUGGUUCUCAAACUUAAUCCAUUCCGGAAAUCCGUUCCAAAACCAAAAAGUUCCAAAACCACGGCGCGCUGCUUUCCCACAGAAAGUAAACCAAAACAGAUUAAUCCAUUCCAGACUUUUAAAAACAACCCCUGAAACAGCAAUUUAACAUGGAUUUUACGCUCUAAUGAGACCAUUGAUCCAUGAAAUGAAAGCAAUAAUUAAUGAUGACAAAAAUUCAAAUUAUUAUUAUUUUCUUACCUGCAAUGAUGACGGUCGCUGUUUGGAUGGGGGGCUUUUAUCCAUUUCCUCAGUCACACAAACAAUCAAUCAAUCAGUAGCUGAACUGGGUUCCAAACAGUCACAAAAGCAAAUGAACCGAAAAAGCCUCAGAAACAAAAACGGCAAAAUAAAUAGCAAAAACAAAAGCACCAAACUUAAUCCGUUCCGGAAGUCCGUUUGACUUCUGAAAUGUUCGAAAACCAAGGCGCAGCUUGGUAAACGGUGUUUCCGUGCACCCUGGUUUCUGUCACGGUGUCCCGUUGCUCCAGAAGCGGUUUAGUCCUGCUGUCCACGUGACCUGGAAAGCUGUCUGCGGACAAACGCAGCUCCCUUGGCCUGAAAGCAAGAUGAGCACUGCAACCCCAGAGUCGCCUUUGACUGGACUUCACCGUCCAGGGGUCCUUUAAAGGUAAAGGGUAAAGGGACCCCUGACCAUUAGGUCCAGUCGUGGCCGACUCUGGGGUUGCAGUGCUCAUCUCGCUUUAUUGGCCGAGGGAGCUGGCGUACAGCUUCCGGGUCAUGUGGCCAGCAGGACUAAGCCACUUCUGGCGAACCAGAGCAGCGCACGGAAACGCCGUUUACCUUCCUGCCAGAGCGGUACCUACUUGCACUUUGACGUGCUUUCGAACUGCUAGGUUGGCAGGAGCAGGGACCGAGCAAUGGGAGCUCACCCCAUCGUGGGGAUUUGAACAACCGACCUUCUGAUCUGCAAGUCCUAGGCUCUGUGCUUUAACCCACAGCGCCACCCACGUCCCAGGGGUCCUUUACCUUACCUUUAUAUAUUACCGUAUUUUUUCGCUCUAUAAGACUCACCAGACCACAAGAUGCACCUAGUUUUUGGAAGAGGAAAACAAGAAAAAAAAAAUUCUGAAUCUCAGAAGCCAGAACAACAAGAGGGAUCGCUGCGCAGUGAAAGCAGCGAUCCCUCUUGCUGUUCUGGCUUCUGGGAUAGCUGCGCAGCCUGCAUUUGCUCCAUAAGACGCACACACAUUUCCCCUUACUUUUUAGGAGGAAAAAAGGGAGUCUUAUAGAGCAAAAAAUACGGUAUUUUAUAUAUGUUGGAAGCCACACAGAGAUGAGUACUGCAACCCCAAAGUCGCCUUUGGCUGGACUUAACCGUCCAGAGGUCCUUUACCUUUACCUUCAGAGUGGGUAUCAGUGACACUGACCUUUGUCUCCCUCGCAUGCCAGGGCGACUCAGGCGGACCCCUGCUUUGCGGUUCCAGAGUCCACGGGAUCGUCUCUUUCAACGGACGCCGUUGCGGAGACCGCCGGUUCCCGGACGUCUACACUCGCAUCUCCAAAUACAUCGCCUGGAUCCGUUACGUACUACAGACGUUUUAA